UCUUGAGUUUGUUAAGGGGCUACACGAGACUCACAUUAGGCUGUCGAUCUUGUGUUUGUUGAUGGCUUCUUCUUCUUCAUCUGUUCCUGAUUGGAAAUAUGAUGUCUUCUUGAAUUUUCGAGGCGAAGACACUCGCAGGACCUUCAUCGGCCAUCUCUACAAAGCUCUAGUUCAGAACUCAAUCAACACUUUCAUUGACGCUGAAGAGCUCAGAAAAGGCAACUGCCUUUCACAGCUACUGACAGCUAUAAGCGACUCGAGGCUUUCAAUUGUAGUUUUUUCUCAAAACUACGGUUCUUCCACAUGGUGCUUGAAAGAACUCGUCCAAAUCCUGCAAUGCAUGGAUCAGAAGAAGCAGAUUGUGAUUCCCAUUUUCUACGAAGUAGACCCAUCUCAUGUUCGUAAAAUCGAGGGAAGUUUUGAGGAAGCUUUUUCUAAACAUGAACAUGAUCCUAACGCCGACAUGGAAGAAGUGCAGCGGUGGAGGUCUGCUCUACAAAGAGCACCCGAUUUAUGUGGCUGGGAUUCACAAAAUUACCAGGAUGAUGCCAAGCUUAUUGAGUUGAUUGUGGAUGAUAUUUUUAAGAAAUUGAUCAACAUCUUAUCAAGAGAAAAGAAUGGCUUGGUUGGAAUGGAUUCCCGCUUACAGAAAAUGGAUUCACUAUUAUGUCCCGAGGUCGGUAACGUUCGCUUUGUUGGAAUAUGGGGUAUGGGCGGUAUAGGCAAAACCACCAUCGCUAGAGCUGUGUAUGACAAAAUCAAUCAUCACUUCGAAGGUCGUUGCUUUCUUGAAAAUGUCAAGGGACGUUUUCCCUCAACUGAUGCAGGUGAAGCGCCACUAGAUAUGCAGGCAGAAAUUCUAUCUAGUAUCACAAAUACGAAGGUGGGGAGUUCACAGAUUUUGAGAAAUGGUUUUCAGAAGAUGAUGGAAAGAGUUGGUAAGAAAAAAGUUUUAUUUGUUCUGGAUAAUGUGGAGAGUUCAUCCCAAAUUGAAGCCUUAAUUGGAAAGCAACCUGCAUUUGGUGGCGGAAGUCGAAUCAUUAUAACAACUAGAGAUAAACAGUCACUAAGUAGACUUGGUGAUCAGAUAUAUGAGCCCGAGUUGUUAAAUGACGAUGAUGCCUUCGAACUGUUUGUGCAGUAUGCUUUCAGUACAAAGCAACCCACAGAAGAAUACAUUGAUCUGUCGGGCCAUUUCAUAAAAUAUGCUCAAGGUUUGCCUUUAGCACUCAAAGUCUUGGGGGCAUUUCUCGAUAACAAAAGUGUACUUGUGUGGAAAGAUGAGUUAAAGAAAAUAGCAAGAAACCCGCACCUGGGAAUCCAGAAAGUCCUUAGAACAAGCUUUGAUGAACUAGAUGGUUUGCAGAAGGAAAUAUUUCUUGAUAUUGCAUGUUUCUUUAAACAAAUGAAGAAAGACUUUGCAACAAGGAUUAUGGAGGGUUGUGACUUCCAUCCCCAUACCGGAUUAGACGUUCUAGUUGGUAGAGCUCUUGUCUCUAUCUCAUCUGAUGGUGUACUCGAGAUGCAUGAUUUAAUAGAGGAAAUGGGUCGCGAAAUCGUACGCCAAGAAUAUAUAAAAGAGCCUGGGAGGCGUAGUAGGUUGUGGAGCUAUGAAGAUGUUCAUCAUGUGUUAAAUAAAAAAACGGCUACGGAAGCAGUUGAAAGCAUAAUUGUACAUUGGCCACACUCAGACAAUGUGGUGGAAUUAGAUACCGCUUUUGUUAAAAUGACGAAACUAAGACUACUCAGAGUCCAUACCCACAGUAUAGAACAACUGAACAAGUUCGGUAUUCAAUGGCAACACGAGGAUCUAAAGUUUCUCUCUGAAAAAUUAAGUUAUCUGUUCUGGCACAAAUGUCCUCUAAAGUCUUUAUCGUCCUAUUUUAACCCAGAGAAUCUUGUUGACAUUGACAUGCAAUAUAGUUGGGUUGAACACCUCUGGAAAGGAACUAAGCCUUUGGGAAAGUUGAAAAUUAUCAAUUUAAAAGGUUCUCAUCGUCUCAAGGAAACACCUGACUUCACUGAGGCAAAGAAUCUUGAGAAGCUAAUUCUUGUUGGAUGCACAAAUUUAUAUGAGGUUCACCCAUCCAUUUCUGCCCUUGAAAAACUUGUCCUCUUGGAUCUAAGUUGGUGCGGCAAACUCAAGACCUUUUCAAGCAACAUUUGUAUAAAAUCUCUUGAAACCCUUGAUCUCUCUUUUUGCUCAAUACUUGAGAAGUUUCCAGAGAUUUCAGAAGUUACGGAGAAGCUUUCAAAGCUUUAUUUGCAAGGGACUGCAAUAAAAGAACUGCCUCGAUCAAUUAACAAUCUUAUGGGGCUUGUUACUUUGAAUCUCGAAUAUUGCAGAGAGCUUAAGAUUCUUCCAAGCAGCAUUGUUCAACUGAAGUCGUUGCAAUUUCUUAAUCUUUCUGGUUGUCCAAAGCUCAAGGCCUUUCCAAGAAAUGUCGGAAACAUGGAAGGAUUAAGAGAGCUUCGCUUGGAUGAGACAUCUGUUGAAGGCCUUUGCCCAUCAAUUUCAUCUCUUCAAAACCUUGAGAGUUUGAGUCUAAAGCAAUGCAAGAAACUUCAUAGCCUUCCAAGCAGCAUUCAUAUGAGAUCUCUUCGAAACCUUAAUCUUUCAGGCUGCUCAAAUCUGGAUAAGUUUUCAGAAAUUCCUGAAGUUAUGAACCUAUCAGACCUUAUUUUAGAUGGGACUGCAAUUUCAGAACUGCCCUCAUCCAUUAAAAAUUUUACGAGACUCGUUACCUUGAGCCUGAAGGAUUGCAGAAGAUUAAAGAUUCUUCCAGGCAGCAUUCAUAUGAAAUCUCUUCAAGCCCUGAAUGUUUCUGGCUGCUCAAAUCUGAAGAAUUUUCCAGAGUUUCUAAAAGUUACGGAGAACCUAACACAGCUUCAUUUAGAUUGGACCGUAUUCUCAUCAACAUUCAAAAAUCUUACAGAGCGUGCACAUGAGCAAGCCUCUCGCCGCCGAAAAAUUGUUAAGUUUUCAGGGAUUGCAAUUGAAGAAUUGCCAUCCAUAAUUUAUAGUCUUACGGGACUUGCUACAUUGACACUACGGUAUAGCAAAGACUUUAAGAGUCUUACAAGCAGCAUUUGUCAACUCAAGUCCCUAAAUUAUCUCUCUCUUUCUGGUUGUACAAAUUUUAAGGUGUUUCCAGACAUAUUAGAAAAUAUGGAAAGAUUAGCCAGCCUUGAUUUGGAUAGAACAUCUAUCAGAGAGCUUCCUUCUUCAAUUGAACGGCUUCAGGGGCUAGUGUCGUUAAAUCUGAAAAACUGCAAAAGCCUGGUCUAUCUUCCAGACAGUAUGUGCAAUUUGUUGAGUCUCGAAUGGCUCACUCUCCAUGGGUGCUCAAAACUUUCGAAAUUGCCUGAAGACUUAUGGUAUUUGAAGCACCUUGACAUAGAGGAAACUGGUAUACGUGGUUACCGCCCAGAACAGCGAUUCGUCACUUUGGAGGAUUUGGCUCAGUUUCGAAGCACUGCACCUAAGAUUAAACCCAUGGUCCUAAACAAUGAGCAAAAUGAGGCGGUGGCUGAUGUGGAAUCCCACGAUUCAGAAAUUGCGACUGAUCCUGAGGAGAUUUCGACUGAUCAUGAGGAGUCAAGCUAUGUGGAAGAUAUGAGGCAGCGACAUUUGGAAGAAGAUACAGCUACAUUUGGAAGACAUGAGGCAGUAGCACCUACCUCUUUAAAGAUAAAGAGAAUUUUUUUUGCUGCGGUUGUUGUUUGUUUUGUUAGAUGGUUGGAAGAAGAAACAGCGACAUUUCGAAGAGAUGAGGUAGUAGCAGUACCAGUAGGAGUAGCAGUAGCAGUAGCAGUAGCAUAUCUCUCUCAUAUAAAGAUACUUUGUUUGGGUGUGUUUGUUAUGGUUUUUGUUUGUAUUGUUAGAUGAAGAUACAGCGACAUUUGGAAGAGAUGAGGCAGUAGCAUCUAUCUCUGAAGAUAUUUUUUUUUUGUUUUGGUUUUUGUUUGUUUUGUUAGAUGGACGGGCCGACAUCUCUUCAGGAAAGAUAUUUUUUUGGCUUUUUUUUGGCCUUUUUUUUGUUGUGGUUUUUGUAAGAUGGACGGGCCUGGGGGACCUUCUAACAACUCGAUAGAGUCUCCAACUUGAUAAUUAUCAAUUGCCCAAUCUGUCAGGUGUGGGGUUUAAUUACCAAUUGUCCAUUCCGUCAGGUGUGGAUUUUAUCCUAGUAGACCUUGGUAUUAAUUUAGAAUGGGCUAAUCCUAUUUAAACUCAUUGGUUUUGUUGGAAUAGAUCAAAAUCACAAGUAUCGGUUGUACUUAUCACUAUAGCUAAGUUAUGGGUUAAAGUGAUGGCUACAACCUUCCAACUUGUCAUCUCAUUUCUUGUUCAACCAUACUUCUCUUUUGUCAAUGUUUUGUCCCUAAAAUCUAGGAUUUCCUUACUUGUAUAUUGUUAUUUGUUUAGUCCUUGUUAUGUCCGAUUUUUAGGGCGGAAACCAUGUGGUGGUGUAGUGGCUGAAGUCCACUGAUUUGUAGUCAAUUCUUUGGCUCUUU